AUGGCGGGGCCAGGCAAGGGGUCGAAGAGCUCGGGCGGCUCCAUGUCCGAGAGCAAACUUCGUAUCGCUAUUGUCUCAUCGGAUAAGUGCAAGCCCAAAAAGUGCCGGCAGGAAUGCAAACGCAACUGCCCGGUCGCUAAAACAGGGAAGCAGUGCAUCGUCGCCGACCCUACCAGCAAAAUCGCAUUCAUUUCAGAGACGCUAUGUAUCGGUUGCGGUAUCUGCGUGAAGAAGUGCCCAUUCGAGGCCAUCACGAUCAUCAACCUGCCCCGUGACCUGGGCAAGGACACCACGCACCGUUUCGGCCCAAACACUUUCAAGCUCCACCGGCUGCCGGUGCCGCGACCGGGCCAGAUCUUGGGUCUGGUCGGAACCAACGGUAUCGGCAAGUCGACGGCGCUGAAGAUCCUGUCGGGGAAGAUGAAGCCCAACCUGGGGAACUUCACCAACGAGCCGGAUUGGCCCGAGAUCCUGCAGUACUUCCGCGGUUCGGAGCUGCAGAGCUACUUCACGAAGAUCCUCGAGAAAAGCAUGAAGACUGCGGUGAAACCGCAGUACGUCGACAACAUCCCCCGCCAGGUGAGCGGCCGCGUGGGCGAGAUUUUGGAGGCCAAGGACAAGCUUGGCAGGUCUGAGGACUUAAUCGUGACGUUGGAAUUGUCCCACCUGAUGAACCGCCAGAUUUCAGAGCUUUCGGGUGGUGAGCUGCAGCGUUUCGCCAUUUGUGUCGCCGUGCUUUGCGACUGCGAAGUCACUAUGUUCGACGAACCCAGCAGUUACCUGGACAUUCGCCAACGUAUCAUCGCCGCCCGUGUCAUCCGCGAGACCGUGCAGCACGACCGCUACGUCAUCGUGGUGGAACACGAUCUGUCCGUGCUGGACUACAUGUCGGAUUACAUCUGUUGUCUGUGGGGAAAACCGUCCGUUUACGGUGUUGUAACGUCGCCAUUCAGCGUCAGAGAAGGUAUUAACAUCUUCCUGGACGGUUUCGUGCCGACCGAAAACCUGCGUUUCCGCGAGGAGUCGCUGUCCUUCAAGGUGGCCGCCGACGUGGACAUGGACGAGAUAGAGCGCCUGCACAACUACAAGUACCCCGAGAUGAAAAAGAAGCUGGGGACUUUCACCCUAACUGUGCGCGCGGGUGAUUUCUGCGACUCGGAGAUUCUGGUGAUGUUGGGGGAGAACGGCACUGGGAAGACCACGUUCAUCAAGAUGCUGGCAGGGAUACUGAAGGCGGACAACACCGACGCCGAGGAGGCAAUGCCACGCCUCUCGAUCAGUUACAAGCCGCAGAUCAUCACGGCAAAGUUCGACGGUACCCUGCGCCAGCUCCUGAUGAUGAAGGUCAAGGAGGCGUUCAGCAACCCUAUGUUCCAGACCGACGUCAUAAAGCCGCUCCAGGUCGAGGAGCUAUAUGACCAGCAGCUGAAGAACCUGUCUGGAGGUGAGCUGCAGCGUGUUGCGCUUAUUUUGGUGCUGGGAAAACCCGCCGACAUUUACCUGAUCGACGAGCCUUCUGCGUACCUGGACUCUGAGCAGCGUAUCAUGGCCAGCCGCGUUAUCAAGAGGUUCAUCUUACACCAGAAGAAAACGGCGUUCAUUGUGGAACACGAUUUCAUCAUGGCCACCUACUUGGCGGACCGUGUCAUCGUCUUCGAGGGUCAGCCCGGAGUGAAUGCAACUGCGAUGUCGCCGGAACCUCUUGUCGUGGGAUUCAAUCGGUUUUUAAAAUCUCUCGAUGUGACCUUCCGCCGCGACCAGGUGAACUUCCGGCCGCGUAUCAACAAGCACGAUUCGGUGAAGGACAAGGAACAGAAGGCGGCGGGCAACUACUUCAGCGUCGAGUAG